UCGAGCCUUCGAUUGUUUCGCAAAGCACGCCGGUGACGCGCGCCGCAUUCCGAUUAGCGGCGAAGAGAGUUUCGGUGGUGCCGGAAUACUAAGCCGAUGCGUUGUGCGGGAACCACCGCCGCUUCAGCAGGACGCGUCGAUGGGGUCAGCUGAUCGAUCAAGAUUUAUCGAUUUUGGACACAGUUUAUGGUAAUUGCUAUGCGCGCGCGCACCCUGGGAUCGGCGAAAUUUUGGCAAUGAGACAAUAACGUUAGCCGCGGCGCAGUGCACCACCAAUCGGGCGUCACUUGUUGUGAUGAUCGCUUGUCAAGGACCAGUGUUGUUCCCUUCUUGUGAUUUAUGUGUCAGUACUUUUUUCCGGUCGUGAGAAAGACCCUUUAUGUGGUUUGAGAUUCAAACGAAGAUAAUUUGAAGCUGUGAUGAUAUCAAGAUUGGAAAUGGACACAAUACCUCGAAUCCUGCUCAGCAUAGCCCUGGCAGCUUUGCUUCCGAUGGCUUCUCCAGAAGACCAGAUCGCCAAAGAAAACAUACCUCACUCGAGACAGAAGAGGAUUCUUUGGGUAACUAACGAUGGAAGGCUGGCUCUUCCUCCUGGGACUUCGAUGGUAAUAUCUCCAUCUCUGUCUAUGCCCUUCGUGAGGCAUCCACCGCCGGGGUUCUUGUCUAACGUCACUGUUAGUUUCCCUUUUACAAUCGACUUCGACAAGCUAGGGCUCACAGACAACGAGAACCCUUACGGCACCUUACCCCCGCUGUUCUCCCGCUCCAUGGGCCGAGCUGCUGCCUCCGUCAUGGCGGACUACGUGGGGCAAUACCUGGACCGCCGGCGGGGGAAGCGGGCGGCCAAGGAGAUACCGGAGGAGGUGGAGAAGCAUGUGCUGGACCGACUGCAUGGCGGGGAGAGAGCAAUCCUCUACGGUGUAGCUGAAGAUCUAUUAGCUAACUUUGGGUUCUCGGGCAAGGAAUGCCUGCUGCGGGCUAUAUGCGAGAUCCACGCACACCCGCUCACGAACUUUGGCUUCAUUGGUGAAAUUAUGAAGCUGUUUUUCACUCCCAGCAAGUCUCCGUACGCGACUCUGCUGGAGGAGUACACGGAGGCCCAGAAGGCCGGCGAGAACGGCGGCGAGUGCUGGCCGUACUACCGACUGUGCCCCAAGAGCAUCUUCCAGCCGGCCACUAAUAAAUACUCGAAAAAUGCAGAAGACGAGCAUCGCAAGCAAGAGCAGGAAGAUAUUGAGAGCAAUAUUGUGGACAAACUGAGAGCGAUGUAGACGAUAGCUGCGAAUUACGCGAAGGGGCGCAUUUAGGACCAAAGAGCUGAUACUUUU